AAGCAAUUGUGCAUUUAAAGGAGAAAAAAGAGGGAGAAAAAAAGAUCAAACAUGGAAGUAAAAGACAUGUUUGCUCAUCUGGGAUCCAUAAUAGCCAGUUUGAUGUUUGUGUGGGCAAUGUUUCAGCAGUAUUUUCCUUAUCAGCUCCGGAGAAGCGUCGAGAAAUACUCUCAAAGAGUGCUCAGGUUCGUUUAUCCUUACAUCCAAAUUAGGUUCAACGAGCUCUCCGGAGAGCGUUUCUUAUUUCGGAGCGAAGCAUACUCUGCCAUCCAAAACUACCUCAGCUCCAGGUCCUCUACGCAGGCUAAGAGGCUCAAGGCCGACAUAGCUAAAAACGGCCAGACUCUUGCCCUUAGCAUGGACGACCAUGAAGAGGUGGAUGAUGAGUUUGAGGGAGUCAAACUCUGGUGGGCUUCUGGCAAAGAUAUUUCCAAAUCACCGUCGUAUUAUAAUCCGGAGGAGAAGAGAUACUACAGGCUCACUUUCCAUAAACGACAUAGGGAUUUCAUUCUCCAGUCAUACCUGACUCAUGUCCUCAAAGAGGGUAGGGCCAUGGAGGUUAGAAACCGCCAAAGAAAGCUCUACACCAACAGCGCGUCAAAUUGGAGCCAUGUCGUGUUGAAACACCCGGCUUCUUUCCAGACACUCGCAAUGGAUCCUGAGAAGAAGAAAGAAAUUAUAGCCGACCUCAUCGCAUUCAGCAAGGCGGAAGAGUUUUACGAAAGAGUCGGGAGGGCUUGGAAGCGAGGUUAUCUCCUUUAUGGCCCCCCAGGAACAGGCAAGUCCACCAUGAUUGCUGCCAUGGCCAAUCUUUUGGGCUAUGACCUCUAUGAUCUUGAAUUGACAUCGGUGAAGAAUAACACUGAUCUGAGGAAGCUGUUGAUGGAAGUACGAAGCAAGUCUAUUAUUGUGAUUGAGGACAUUGACUGUUCGCUUGAUCUCACUGGUCAAAGGAAGAGGAAGAAAAGCGAGAAAGAUGAAGCAGAAGAUCAACAGAAGGAUCCGAAACAAAAAUUGGAAAAAGAAGAGAAGAAUACCGAAGCGAGCCAGGUUACUCUUUCUGGGCUGCUGAAUUUUAUUGACGGGCUUUGGUCAGCUUGUGGGGGGGAAAGACUGAUUGUCUUCACCACUAAUUAUGUGGAGAAACUCGAUCCAGCACUGAUUCGAAGCGGACGGAUGGAUAAGCACAUAGAAUUGUCGUACUGCAGGUUUGAAGCGUUCAAGGUGCUGGCUAAGAACUACCUUCAAAUUGAAUCUCACCCUUUGUUUGGCAGAAUCCGUGAGUUGUUGGAAGAAACAGAUAUGUCUCCAGCUGAUGUUGCAGAGCAUUUGAUGCCCAAGACAGCUUCAGGGGAUCCAACAUUCUCGUUGGAGAGUCUGAUCCAAGCUCUUGAAAAGGCGAAAGAAGAAGCAAGGUUGAAAGCCGAGGAAGAAGCAAAAAAGAUUGAACAACCAGCCAAAGAAGAAGCAAAAGAGGAAGAUAAAGUCGUCGCCGCUGAAGAAUGAUGGGGCUCGGGGCCAAACAAUUCUAGGCCAACGUGCAUGUGACAGAAAAAGCAGUCAUCAGCCGAUAAAAAAAGACGAAAUGGAGGAGCCCAUAUAUGUUAUACCCAAAGAGCUCACAGGGAUUUGGUAAAGAUUCGAAGCUUUACAAAAGUAGUGGAGAACCAAAAAAUAAAAGGACGGAAGUCAUGGAAUAUGACCCCUCUCCGUUUCACUGGAGAAAAUGAUUGUAAAUUUGUAGCCUUCCGAUUUUAUUUUGUUUUCAUAAGGGCAUUUAAAUAAUUAAUGGUAAACAUAUUUUAAAUAA